AUGGGUCUCUACGACACACCCCCAGAACACGUGCCGCAAUGGUUCCCCCUGGCAUCCACGGUCGUGCUGGUCUUUGGGUUCGUGACGUGGUACGCCGCCUACGUGCUGAUGACGCUGCAGUCCAUCAAGGACAAGUCGUACGGCAUGCCCAUCAUGGCCACCAUCGCCAACCUGACCUGGGAGGUGCUGUACUCGUUCACGGUGGCGGAGCACCCGUUCGAGAUGGCCGGGCUCGGGCUCUGGUUCUUCCUCGACAUCGCGCUCGUGUGGACCACAAUCAAGUACGCCCCCAACGAGUGGAAGCACACGGCGCCCUGGGUCGGCAACAACAUGGGCCUGAUCUUUGCCUGUCUGCUCCCCUGGGCCCUGUGGGGCAACUACACCUUCUCCAGCUGGUGGCUGAGCGAGCCCGGGUCUGGUUUCGGUAGCAAGCAGGGCAAGUGGUAUCGCGGAAAGGAAGGCUUCGACACCUUGGAGCUGGGCAUGUGGACUGCUUUGGUUCCGCAGGGUUACAUCAGCCUCGGCGGUUUGGCCAUGCUCAUCUCGCGUGGCCACAGCGGCGGGACUAGCUGGACCAUUUGGGCGUUACGAGCCGCCGGUUCCGCGGGCGGCAUGUUUGGCUUCGUCUAUCACGCGUACUACUACUGGCCGGAGCAGCACGGCUUUUUCGCGAACCCCUUCCACCUGUUCCUGCACGCCACCUACCUCAUCCCGGACCUGCUCUACCCCUUCUUCCUCUACCGCAUCAAGCAGACCGAGGUCAUCCUGCCCGACGGUCGCCACAUGAGCGCCCACCACGCCAAGAUUGAGCAGGCCCUGGUCACGCAGGAGAAGGGUUACCGGAGCGUCUUGGUCAACGGCGUCGACGGCCCUCGGUUCCUCGACAGGAAGGUACAGUGA